AUGUACAGCGUGGUCCGAGCGGCCAAACAGAAGCUCAGCGACUAUGCCUCCGAGACGCUGACCAGUGUGUCCAAGUACUUCUCCCACCUGCACGGGCUGCUUCAGGUGGCCGAGCAACGGGUCAUCGAGGAGUUGCGAGAGUCCAGUCUGCCGCCCCAAAUGGAGCUCAACGAAGCCAUGGGCACACUGAGCGUCUACGAAGCACUGAUCAAGCACUUGAUGCAAUAUCUGGAUAAUGGUUCAGAGACCAAAAUGGGCGUGCCCAACAAUAUACGACUAGAAGAGAUCAUCAAUCUGGUUGAAGAGCACCUCCAGAAGAUACCUAACACAGUGCAAAUUAGUCAGAUCAAGAUAAAUCCCUAUCGCAUUUAUAGUGAACACAUCGAUAUACCCAGCAUAAUUAAACAAAAGUUCAAGUGUAAAUUCAUAGAUCCCAAUAUUAAGGUCAGCUUUAAGACCGAUUUCGAGUGUAAUAGCACCAUCUCCAGCAUCAACAACGCAGGCAUUACAUUCUACCUGAGCUCCAGUUGUGGCAAGGAGAACGAUACGUGGUCCAAUGUCAACGGACCUCGACAGCAGCAGCAUCAGCAGCAACCGUUCAGCGAGAAAGACCACUUCAACUCGAUGUCAAAUUCCCAGAAACGACAGUCAAAUAAGUCAAGCAUCAACUCUAUUGCGGGCAUAAUCGAUAGUUUUCAGCAAAGGAAUCAUCAUCAGCUGGACUUUGUGGACAGCUUCUUGGCCUUGGAUAUUGCCAAGCCCAAUAAUACAACCAGGGGUCCUGAAGUAGGAGACUGGAUUAAAACCUAUGUCCUGGUAAAAGUGCGCUUCAUCAACUCACCGGAGGACUUCUACGUACAGGGCGUUCAGGCGGCCCAGCGAGUUCGCGAGGAGCUAGAGACUUUUGCACAGUCUCUUACAGUCGGUCACUGCAAUCCCCCGGAGAUUGUGGUGGGCCAGCAUUACAUCAUCUUUCACCAAGAUCAGAACGCUAUUAUCGGGCCAUGGUCAGCCAGAAGAUGGCCACACAGGACACCUACAAGAUCUUGUUGCCUGACAUUGGUCUCUACGUCGAGAUGCACAAUAGCCAGUGAAUUCCGAGAAAUGCCGCAGCACCUGUCCCAUAUUCCAUAUUCCGCCGUACACUGCAGACUCAGUGAGCUUAUGCCCGGAUUGGGCCCAAAUUCGGAGUGGGCUCCCGAGGCCAUCACCCAUCUGAAGCAGAUAGUAAAAAACAAUUCCGUUCACCUGAUCGUCAAAAAGGCUCUGUCCCAUGAUCUCCACGAGGUGGAUCUGAUCACCAAAAAUUACAACACUAACAUCUCGAUAUGCAAGUCUUUUUUAUACUCUGGCCUAGCCCGAUCUCGGUGCGGACGUCCUCCGGCCGUUGUCCUGAAAUUAUUGCAGCUAGACGCUCCAAACAAUCUCCGUCUGCCCAGACCAAAACUUCAGAUUGGAGAUGUGUUCAUGAUCCAAAUGGUGCAUGUGGAGCAUCCGCAAGAGUUUUAUGUGAUGCGCCACGACCUUGAGGGUGAGCGGUGCCUGAAGCAGAGCAAUCUGCAAAGAUAUAUGGAUUUCCUGAACCUCAGCACGCUGGAGCACAUCUUUAUGGGACGCCUGCACCUUGGCUGCGUGGUGCAGUUAAAUGAUGGCCAAUGGAAACGCGCUAGCAUCGAGGAGAUACUGUUCGAUGGAUACGUUCUUGUUCGCCUGGUGGACGAUGGCCCCUGCCAGAAAAUAUUCUGGGACAAAUUAUUCGUGCUGCCAUCUGAGUUCUGGGAACCGGAGCGGACAAUCAGGUGCUGCUUGGCGGAUGUAGAGACCCUGCAAAAUUUGUCCUAUGUGUGGACUCCAGAGGCAACGGCCUUCUUUAAGCAGCUCACCUCGAACCCCAAGUUGCACAUAGAAGUGAUCAACUUCACCGACGAUGUGGUCUAUGUGGCGCUGAGAUACACGCGCGGCGUUUCUGAGACAACAAACGUUGCCGUCCAAAUGGUCGCCCAAGGACAUUGUACAUCCAGUGGGGAGAGCAGCCGAAUGUUCACGAACACACAAAGUAGGGUGAAGGCGAUGGAGCUGACACCCUUUCGUGAGCCGGAGGCAGAAGAUGAGGACCGCAACAAGCGGGUAAAAGUGAAAGUUCUCUACAUCCGGCAUCCGCAUGAGUUCUAUGUCACCCUGCCCCAGUUUCUGUCGCAAAUCGAACACCUGCAAAAGACUAUGCAGACGGCGGCGGAGGCCAUGUCUGAGGAUCAGAUGCCCCGCACCGAUUGGAAAGUGGGCGAUAUGUGCUUUGUCAAAGUCCAGGCUCAGUCCGACUUGGCACCCUUUGGCAUCGAGGCGUGGUAA